AUGUGCCACUUUCAGGUCUCCUCACACUGCUGGUGUGUUCCAUUUUGUCAUAGGGUGCUGGCAGAUUACGGGCCUCCCAUUGCUGCUGCCAGGCCCGUAAUCUGCCAUGGGCCCCUGUACCGCCUCCUCAUGCUGCUGCCAGGUCCAGAGUGUCUCAUGGGUCCCUGUACGGCCUCCCAUUGCUGCUGUCUCCAUCGCCACACUCUGCCAUGUGCCACUUUCAGGUCUCCUCACACUGCUGGUGUGUUCCAUUUUGUCAUAGGGUGCUGGCAGAUUACGGGCCUCCCAUUGCUGCUGCCAGGCCCCGUAAUCUGCCAUGGGCCCCUGUACCGC